AUGAUGGGCAUUUUCAAGAAAAAGGAAGCACGCUCAUCGCCAGAUGAAUCGAAGUCUGACCUGACACUGUUGAGGCCUGCCACCGCCGCCGACCUCAUUUCAAGCUACUCACACAAGUCGCCGAAGCUCGUCAGCGGGAAGUCCUUCUCUCCAAAUAUGUCGAACGGCCUGGCAGAGAUCGCCAUCCCCGAUCCGCCUGACCCAACCACCAAGCCAGCAGCUUACCUUCGAAGCAUCCAUGCCGUUCGAGAAAGAACCAAACUAGUGCUCGAGGAGGCGAAAGGAAAUGGUCUCAUUCAUUUUGAUGUCGACAUGUCAAAAUUCCAGGAAACUGCCAACUAUGUCGUGUCCAUCAUCAAGCGAGACUUCGAUGGGGACUAUGCUUCCAUACCUCCUCAUGGCCGCUGGCAACAUUUUGAAGUCGGGGGACGGCCAAGAAUAACUCAGCUGCUGCAAUCAUGGCCAACUUCCAUCGACAACCAAGAGCGAACCCGGCGAUUGGUCGACUUGUUCCUGGUAUCAGUCCUCCUCGAUGCUGGAGCGGGCACCAAGUGGUCUUACAAAUCUAAGGAGUCUGGCAAGGUCUAUUCCCGAAGUGAAGGAUUGGCCGUGGCAAGUUUGGAGAUGUUCAAGGCUGGUUCCUUCAGCAGUGAUCCCUCUCAACCUCAUCAAGUGGAUGCUGCUGGUCUGAGCAAGCUGACGAUAGAUGCAUUGGCAAGAGGCAUGCAAGUCUCAGACUCUAAUCCCAUGUCCGGGCUCGAGGGCCGUACUGGUCUGCUCAUCAGGCUGAGCUCAGCACUGCAGAGUAAUGCCGAGAUGUUCGGUGUGAAUGGUCGGCCAGGAAACAUGAUCGAUUAUUUGAUGUCACAUCCUACUACCCAGGCGGCCUCCGUCCCUGUUGUCUUGUUGCCAACUCUUUGGAGUGUGCUUAUGGAUGGACUGUCAAGUAUCUGGCCGGCUACCCGAACUACCAUUCAAGGGAUCCCGCUAGGAGAUGCCUGGCCUUGUCAAGCGAUGCCUAAAUCUCCUCCGGCGCGUCCCUGGGAGAAUAUUGUACCUUUUCAUAAGCUGACACAGUGGCUGUGCUACUCUUUGAUGGUCCCGAUGAGCAAGUUGCUCAACAUACACUUUGCUGGAGCUGAACUGAUGACUGGUCUUCCCGAAUACCGUAAUGGAGGUUUGUUGGUCGACACGGGACUCCUUACUCUCAAACAAGCGGACAUCCAGCAAGGUUUGAAAAAUUACCAUCAGAUGGUCAGUAAUGAAAAUGCCGUCGAGGUUGUCCCGACAUUUGAACCAGGUGACGAUGUGAUCGUCGAAUGGCGUGCUGUCACAGUUGGCUUCCUGGAUGAGCUUCUUGUUGCGGUCAACAAAGGUCUUGGGCUCCAAGGUGCAGAGAAACUCACUCUAGCUCAGAUGCUCGAAGCAGGGACUUGGAAGGGAGGACGUGAAAUUGCACAAGUGUCUCGACCCAUUACCGGAGCACCGCCCAUUGGCAUCAUCUCUGAUGGGACUGUUUUUUGA